AAGCAUACCCACCAGAUGGCACUCAAGAUCCACAGAGAAGCUGAGAUAGAAGGAGAUGGGAGAGGAAAACAAAGUGACGUUAUAUGGAAUGUGGGCUAGCCCUUUCGUCAAGAGGGUUGAAAUUGCCCUCAAAAUUAAAGGCAUACCUUAUGAGUAUGUAGAAGAAGAUUUGAAAAACAAAAGCCAGUUGCUCCUCCAGUACAAUCCUGUCCACAAAAAGGUUCCUGUACUUGUCCACAAUGGAAAACCCAUUGCUGAAUCAUUGGUCAUCCUUGAAUAUAUUGAAGAAACCUGGAAGAAUGGUCCUAAAAUUCUUCCUGAGGAUCCCUAUGAAAGGGCCAAAGUUCGCUUCUGGGCUAGCUUUAUCCAGCAACAGUUAUUGGAUAGCUUGGUCUCAGCAGCAAAAAGCAGUGGGGAAGCGCAUGAGAAAGCCAUGAAGGAAGCGUUUGAGAAACUGACUGUUUUUGAAGAGGGAAUGAAAGGCUUCUUUCCAAGUGGCACUCCUCAUUUUGAAGAUGAGAAUAUUGGUUUCCUGGACAUUGUAUUGUGUUCGCUGUUUGGCCCCCACAAAGCUCAAGAAGAAGCCCAUGGUCUGAAGAUCAUUGAUCCAGAAAGGCAUCCACUGGUAUACUCUUGGGUGACAGCUUUGAAUGAAGUACCAGCGGUGAAAGAGUCUCUUCCUCCUCAUGACAAGAUGGUGGCAUUGAUUCAGUUUCUUAGGCGAAAUGCCCCUCACUGAUCUUCUGAAGCUUGAGUUAUAGCUUGAUAUGGUGUGUCUGUGCAAUGUUCUAUGACAGGUUUGCCUUUAUAGUUCUAGUCACUUGUGGGGAAUAAGCCAUAGUUAGAGCCAAACCAUUGUUUGGUUACGCUGAUGGCCUUGUUUUAUGUUGCUGGAUCUUUCUAGAUUUUGCUUCAAUUUAUUGCCAGAAAAAGCACUUUUCCUUGUUCUUGAAUACAGCUUUAGUAAAUAAAACAGAGAAAGAAGAGCUUGUCACUA